AUGGCACUCUCUCUUCUCUUCCUUGUCACAAUCUUAAGCAUGAUGAUAACCCCUUCAAUUUCCGACACAAACUCUUUCAUCUUCGGUGGUUGUUCUCGUCUCAAAUCCUCUCCUGGUUCCAACUACGAAACAAGUGUAAACUCCAUUCUCUCUUCCUUAGUCAACUCAGCAACGUUCACAACCUACAGUAAUUUCACUGUCCCGGGAACCACCGCGUCGGAAACCGUCUACGGAAUUUUCCAGUGCCGCGGUGAUAUUAACAAUGACCAGUGUUCAAGCUGUGUCCAGCGAGCGGUGAGUCAACUCGGAACACUCUGUUUCGAAACCUACGGUGGCGCGUUGCAGCUCGAAGGUUGUUUCGUGAAGUACGAUAAUGUUAAAUUUAUUGGGGUAGAGGACAAAACGGAAGUGGUCAAGAAAUGUGGACCGUCGAUUGGGUUGACUUCUGAUGCAAGAGACGAUGUGCUGGCUUAUUUAGAGUCGUCCGAUGGAGUUUACAAAACUUUUAGAACCACUUCUUCUGGGGAUUUUUCGGGUGCGGCGCAGUGCACGGGGGAUUUGAGUUCCAGCGAGUGUCAGGAUUGCGUUUCGGAUGCGAUCCAACGGUUGAGAAGUGAGUGUGGGGGUUCUCCUUGGGGUGAUAUCUAUUUGGCUAAAUGCUACGCGCGGUAUUCGGAAGGUGGACUUCACUCGCGUCGUGGUAACGAUGAUGAAAAUCACAAUGAUGAUGAGAUUGAGAAGACACUAGCCAUACUAAUUGGACUUAUUGCUGCUGUUGCAUUGAUAAUUGUUUUUCUUUCCUUCUUGUCAAAACUUUGUGAAAAGCAGAGAGGUGCCAAAUGA